AUGGACCUGUACGACGAACUGCCACAAAGUAAACUACUUUAUGAUUCUGAGUUUACCCAAUUACUAGAGUCGUGCAGAAGAUAUGAGGUCAGCGUAAUUGAUUUUCUGUCGCUGAACGCCAGGGAGUUGGCAAACCUUACUCAAAGGUCCAUAACAGAGGUAAUCAAAUUUCAAAAUGCUUUAUUUGGAGAGUUGAAUAAUCAAUUUCAAAAGAAGAAUAAGAUUGUACCGAUAAUGGAUUUCGAGGGUCCGCAUCCUUUCACUACAGGAGACGUAACCCUGGAUGAAUUGUUGAAUGGGGGAAUAUAUACACAAAGCAUAACGGAGAUAUUUGGUGCAUCGUCAACGGGAAAAUCACAGCUUUUAAUGCAAAUGGCACUGAGUGUCCAACUACCUAGACAAACGAAUGGCCUCGGUGGUAAGUGCGUGUAUAUUACGACGGAGGGAGACCUACCUACGAAAAGACUCGAGGAAAUGAUUGCAAGCAGAGACGAAUUUACUGAAAACUGCGUCUCCCAGAAAAACAUAUUUACUGUUAGUUGCAACGAUCUGAUGAAUCAAGAACAUAUUUUGAACGUUCAGCUUCCAGUUCUGUUAGAAAGGAAUGCAGGUGAUAUCAAACUUGUGAUCAUAGAUUCCAUCUCGCAUCAUUUACGAGUAGAACUCGUUAACAAGUCAUAUCAAGAAGCACAAGAGAACAAAUUCUAUAUUGAUCAACUGGCCGAAAGUUUGCUCUCCAUUGCUACAAAAUAUGACAUCGCUAUAGUAGUAGCCAAUCAAGUGAGCGAUAAACCGGUAAUAGACCCUAAUAGUCUAACUCGCCAGUUUAUUACGGAUUUUGAUUAUCAACUGGGUUAUAUGGUUGGUUGGAAAAGCUCAAGCAUAAUGUACCGAUAUAAGCAUGGAGAGAUAAACUCAUACAAACUUGCUAAGCCUCAGCUUGAUGUGCAUAGAUCCAUAGCCAACGAUAUAUUAUCGGAUGACGACGAGUACUCGUUAAUUGCUGACGAAAUGGAUAAAGUCAUACGGGAAAGAAACUCUCAAGAACAGGGAUCAAAUAACAUGACAAAGCCUUCGCAGGGACAAUUUAAAGACAGAUCAUUGGAGGAGAACGACACGACGCGCAAUUCUAAACCUGCCGGGCAAGAUGAGCGCAGUUCAUUUCAAGUUUAUGGCAAGAUGAAAAGGAAACUGGACAACCGAGUUCCGAACCUUGGAAUAUCGUGGGCAAACCACAUAGCGACAAGAAUACUGUUGAGCAAAUCUUACAAGGCCUCUCCAAUGAUACGACGUGGAGAACUCACUCUGUAUAAUAGUUUUGAUGAUUCUGCAUUUUGGCAGGUGAAAAGGACAAUCAACCUCGUCUUCUCCACAUAUGGAGAGUCAGGGGAAGCAAAUUAUGUCAUAAGCCCAAGUGGCAUUGAGGUAGUUGAAUAA